AUGACCGUUGGAGAAUCGCUAGACUUCUCGCACUUAUACUCCGAGGAAACCAAGUCGCGUAAGUCCUCGCCACUGAAAACAUGCAUUCAUUUGUUCCAGGACCCUAAUAUCGUGUUCCUGGGUGGAGGACUACCCCUCAGCAAAUACUUCCCCUGGGAAAAUCUGCAGGCAGAAUCGCCGCUGCCACCUUUCCCCAACGGAAUUGGCGCGGCUCCCUCGGGCGACGCCAAGGACACCUGCGUCACCAGCAUCCCCAAGGACGGGACUUCCAAGGCGGGCGACACCAACGAUAUCCCACUGUCGCGCGCACUACAGUACGGUUUCAGCAUGGGCCAGCCUGAGUACUUGUCCUUUGUGAGGGAGCACACUCAACUCGUUCACAAAAUGCAAUACGAGGACUGGGACGUGCUCGCCACCAUCGGUAACACGGGCUCAUGGGAAUCGACGCUGCGUAUCUUCUGUAACAGAGGUGACACUAUCCUUGCCGAAAAGUACACUUUUUCUUCCUCGGUCUAUGCUGCCGAGGCUCAGGGUGUCAACGUCUUCCCUGUGCCACUAGAUGCCGACGGAUUAAUUCCUGAGAGAUUGGAGGCCAUCCUCGACAACUGGAACCCAGAGACCCCUAAGCCUAAGCUUUUGUACACGAUCCCCACAGGUCAGAACCCAACUGGGUCCUCUCUCAGCGACGACCGUAAGAAGGAAAUUUACCGCAUUGCGCAAAAGCACGACUUCAUCAUUAUCGAAGAUGAGCCUUACUACUUCUUGCAGAUGGACGCUUACGAGAAGGACCCCUCCAAGAGAAAGGCGAUCGAAUUUGCAUCCCACGAUGAAUUUGUUAACUCUUUGGCCAAAUCUUUUAUUUCCUUGGACACUGAGGGCCGUGUUAUCAGAAUGGACUCUUUCUCCAAGGUCUUAGGACCUGGUACCAGACUCGGCUGGCUUGUUGGUUCCAAGAGAAUUUUGAGAGCUUACACUCAAUUGCACGAGAUGACCAUUCAAAACCCAUCCGGGUUCAGUCAAGCCAUAGUUUCAGGUACCUUGAACCGUUGGGGUCAGCACGGUUUCUUGGACUGGUUGAUUGGUCUUCGCCAAGAGUACAAUGAAAAGCGUGAUGUCGCUAUCGACGCCUUAUACAAGUACGUGCCCAGCACCCCCGCGCUAACGGUCACUCCACCUAUUGCUGGUAUGUUCUUCACCGUUAAUAUCGACGCCUCUGCCCACCCAGAGUUCGCAACCAAGUACCAGUCUAAGCCUGAGUUGGUCGAACAAGCUAUUUACGAAAAGGUCAUCGCUUGUGGCGUGCUCGUUGUCCCAGGGAUCUGGUUCAAGGCCGACGGUGAGACAACGCCAGCCCAACCUAAAGAGAGCAAGGCGGAGCCUAACCCUAACGGUAUUUUCUUCAGAGGCACCUACGCUGCCGUUCCUUUGGACAAACUCCAGGAUGGUAUCAAGCGCUUCGGUAUUGCCUUGAAAGAGGAAUUUGGUCUAUGA